CCUCUUCCACGCCACAUUGUGUGUUUUGACACGUUUUAAAGCUUGGCAUAUCAGCUGUGACUUUUUAAUCUGGAUCAGAUGUCUCACCCCUGCUGUGCCCUUUCAGACUAAUGUGGAUGGAGCAAGCAGAGUUUGCCGUUUAGAGUGGAGAGGAUGGACGGCGCAUAGACUGGUAAAAAGUGAGGGAGAGUGGUGUGUCUGGGCCGUCAUCAGAGCAGGAAGUUCUGUGGUUAAUCAAGCGGAACAGAGGAGGGAAGCUGCUGUUCUACCCUUCCUUAUGCAACAUUACAGUACAGGGUGCAGACACUGAGACAGGAGAGAAGGCAGGUCAUGCAGCCUGUUUGACUACAGAGGAGGCUGUCUGGGCCCUGUGAUGGCAUCUGCAGGUCCAAAUCCCGAGGGUGGUAGACCUGCUUCCAGGCAGGAGUCUGGGGGUCGGAGGCUGUCCUGGCUGGUCCUGCUGCUGACUCUGGCAGCGGUCACCUCCUCGUCUCUCUCUGCUCUGUCUCUGUACCACCUGCUGGCCCUUAGGGCCGAAGUUGAGGAGCUCCGGUCAGAGGUCUUCCGUAGGAGAGAGGAGCAACAAGAGGCUAGGCAUGGAGAGACACUGCAGCAGAUGAGCAGCAGAGCCAGAAGAAGCAGCCCAGACCAUCUACACACCCCUGACCCCCAGCCUGGGCUGUCUUUCAUCAGGAAGAGGAGUGUGGGCACAGGAACUGAGAACUCAGUGUCUCAGCCUUGUCUACAGAUGCUGGCAGAUAGCAGCAGGAAAACAUUCCAGAAAGAGUUUGCGCUGGAACCUUACACAGGGAUCCCCUGGCAGGCGGGGCUUAGAAGAGGCUCCGCCCUGGAGGCAGAGAGCGACAGCAUCCUGGUCAGAGAGGAGGGAUACUACUUUGUCUACAGUCAGGUGUACUACAUGGAUACGACCUUUGCCAUGGGUCAUGUGGUGAUCAGGAAGAAGAGGAACGUGGUGGGAGAUGAAGCUCAGCAUGUCACACUGUUCCGCUGUAUCCAGAACAUGAACCCUAUCUACCCAUACAACACCUGUUACACAGGGGGUAUAGUGAAGCUGGAGGUCGGGGACAGUGUGGAGCUGUUGAUCCCUCGCUCUACAGCCAAAGUUUCUCUGGAUGGAGACUCUACUUUCCUGGGCGCUGUCAGACUGGCCUGACCCUGACCAGGGGAGUUGGACUGGGGGGACUAGGAGAUACAAUUGCCAUCAUGUGGAAAUGGACACUGCUGGUACUAGAAGUUUUGAUCUGGUAGAUACUGGUGGUGGUGUACAAUAAUUAUUUUAAAUGAACUAUGGCUUCUGGGUCUGAUAGCUACAUUAUCUAUUCUACUAUGAUGCCAUCUGCUUCACAGAGUGACUGAGGGACGGACGGACAGACUCAGAAUUAUGGCCUAUUACUGGAGAGCCUGGCUGAUGAUGCCAUUGAUGAUGACAAGUGUCAGCUUCUGUCACUGUGUGUGAUCUGAAAUGUUUGAUGCUUAUACUGGCAGGUGUCUCACCAUUCACUCAUAAACUUCUUAAAUGUUAUGAUCAUAUACAAUACACACAGUCAAGACACAGUCCCAGCCAUGACUACACAGUCCCAGCCAUGACUACACAGUCCCAGCCAUGACUACACAGCCCCAGCCAUGACUACACAGCCCCAGCCAUGACUACACAGCCCCAGCCAUGACUACACAGCCCCAGCCAUGACUACACAGCCCCAGCCAUGACUACACAGCCCCAGCCAUGACUACACAGCCCCAGCCAUGACUACACAGCCCCAGCCAUGACUACACAGCCCCAGCCAUGACUACACAGCCCCAGCCAUGACUACACAGCCCCAGCCAUGACUACACAGCCCCAGCCAUGACUACACAGCCCCAGCCAUGACUACACAGCCCCAGCCAUGACUACACAGCCCCAGCCAUGACUACACAGCCCCAGCCAUGACUACACAGCCCCAGCCAUGAUGAUCAUUUUGACCACCUGCAUACUAGUAAAAUAGACCCUGUUGUAUUUCAUGGUGUUGUAUCCUGUCUAUGACAUUGUUAUUGAAUGGUGCAGAGUGAGUUGUCAUCAUUCUACCAGAAGGGAGCAGCAGCACUCAAUUAAUUGGUUUCCCAAGCAGCACCUGACCAUGUAUUACAAUAAAUGCAGUUAAUCAC